AUGGUACAUAUUCACUUUGUGCUUCUUAUAAGUAGACAAGGAAAAGUAAGGCUUACAAAAUGCAGUGAGAUUCUCUCACGAGGUCCGAAACUGUGCAAUUUCGUAGAAUGGAGGGGAUUUAAAGUUGUUUAUAAAAGAUAUGCUAGCCUUUAUUUUUGCAUAUGCAAUGAUCAAGAUGACAAUGAAUUGGAGACACUCUCCAUUAUUCAUCACUAUGUUGAGACAUUGGAUCGCUAUUUUGGCAGUGUUUGUGAAUUGGAUUUGAUCUUUAACUUCCAUAAGGCAUAUUUUAUUUUGGAUGAAAUUUUGCUUGCUGGAGAGAUGCAAGAAACUAGCAAGAGAACUACACUCAGACUCAUAGCUGCACAGGAGGAAUUAUUGGAAGCUGCUAAAGAGGAGGCUAGUUCAUUGAGUAGCAUAAUUGCUCAAGCCACCAAGUGAGAGAGAGAUUCAUAGUGAAUU